UUAAAAGUACCAUUUUACCAAACGCGUUCCUAAAAUCCGGUCAGGUCCGGUCAGAUCCGAAAUGGCGACGGGGGCAGCUGGAGAUGCGUUUCUCCGGGGAAUCUUCGAAGGCUGCAUUUCCGGCGGAGAUAUGGGCGUUCAGCGCCGCCCCUACCACCGCAACUGCGGUUGCGCACUCCACGAUUCCCGCGGCCGGUGCCCCCAUGAAUCGCGCUCGAAUUCCGUCUCCUACCCCAUCCGGAGGUCCUGGAGCGAGACCUGCCUCGCGGUCAUCGGACAAUCGCCGUCUCCGAGCUGCUCCACCUCUCCAUCUGCGGCGGCGGACAUCCGGCGGACGUCGUCGCAGCAGUUGCUGUGUAAAUCGACGGAAGAAGAAGAAGACGCCGCCUAGGCCUAGGGUUUAGGUUUUCUACCUAUUUUUAUUUUUACUUUUAGGAAUAAUUAAUUGGUUAAUUAAUUGUUGCUGCCUGCUAUCAAAAAUUUGAAUUGAUUUUUUUUGCGUAUC